AUGGUUAUUGGUUGGUGUGUCGGCGCACCAGAAGUCCACAUGUUUGGCGUGAAAGCCAUAUCCCAUGCCGCACAGCCUGACUGCAGGAAACAGAAGGCGCUGAAUAGGAACUGCCAUUUACCCCAUUCACCCACUAUAUCGGCGAUAUGUUUCACUUCUGGCUUUUUUCUGAUGAAUACAAAAAAGCCAGAAGUGAAACAUAUCGCCGAUAUAGUGGGUGAAUGGGGUAAAUGGCAGUUCCUAUUCAGCGCCUUCUGUUUCCUGCAGUCAGGCUGUGCGGCCUUUAUUAACAUGGGAUAUGGCUUUCACGCCAAACAUGUGGACUUUUGGUGCGCCGACACACCAACCAAUCUGACCUCACAACAUUUAAGCGAUUCUAUUAAAUGUCAUAAAUAUAAUUAUCCAAACGAAAGCUGCACUCAUUGGGAAUACAAUAGGACUCAGUUUCGUAAAACAAUCAUCACUGAAUUUGAUUUAGUGUGCGAUCGAGCUAGCUAUGCAUCUCUAACGCAAUCAUUUUUUAUGUUGGGUUAUGUGGUGUCGGGACUAAUAAUAUCUUAUUAUGGGGACAAAUACGGUCGAAGACCAAUGCGGGCAUUAUUUCUGCUCGAGUGUUGUGGUCCUAAACACCGUUCAGAUAUAGCAAUAUUAGCGGGAAUUGGAUGGGUAUUAGGCUAUGUAUUAUUGCCUGGAAUCGCAUAUUUAUUACCCGACUUUCGAUACAUGCAAUUCAUAGGAGCCGUUCUUACGAUUGUAAUGUUAAUCUGGUUCUACUAUCUGCAUGAGUCGCCGCGAUGGCAGUUGGCUAAUGGACAGGUGGAUAAGGCAGAGGUUGUCAUUAAAAAGGCAUUACAACAAAAUGGCAAAUCUGUGGAUAAUUUAAAUAAACAAUUAACACAAUUGGCUACAAAUAUGGGCGCAUUAUCUGAUAACAAAAAUGAUAAAAAUCACAAUAUUAUUGAUUUGGUCAGAACUCCAAAUCUGAGAAAAUACACAUUAAUUAUAUGGUAUUCAUGGAUUGUAAACGCAUUAAUUUAUUACGGCCUCAGUUUUAAUAUGUCUGACUUUGGGGGCAAUUUCUACGUAACAUUCCUGUUGUCGGGUCUGAUUGAGUUGCCCUCACAACUACUCACACCUAUAUUUCUCCGAUACAUUGGGCGACGAAAACUGUACGCAAUAUUUAUGGCGAUAACUGCGGUCUCAUUGGUGGCAGUGAUUCCCUCCCAGAGCUCAUGGCUUCGGGUGUUGUUUGCAUUGCUCAGCAAAUAUGGGAUCCAAAGUGCGUGGAAUGUAUUCUUCGUUCACGCGUCCGAAAUAUAUCCCACAGUUAUUCGCAGCACUGGUAGAGGUGUGGCGUCAGUCGUCGGUCGCAUCGGAUCUAUUGCCUCACCCUUUAUGGGAGAUCUGAAAUUGUUAACAAGUUUAUCAUUUGUGAUGAUAUUAUACGGUGUACUGACGGCUGUGGGCGCUAUACUAGGCUUGUAUUUACCAGAAACUAAAGACAAGGAAAUGCCCGAUACUAUAGAAGAAGCUGAGAAUUUAGGAACUAAGAAUAUUAUUUAA